AUGUACGAUCGAGAUUAUUUUCAAGGGAGGGCAAUUCUUGCACCAACUAAUGAAUGCGUCGAGUCUGUGAACGAUCACUUAAUGUCUCUCCUUCCAGAAGAGGAGAAGGUGUACCUGAGCUCAGAUAGUAUGUGUAGGGACGAGCACACAACGGAGGAUAAUGCAGAAAUUUAUUCGACUGAAUUCCUCAACACAAUAAGAUGCUCCGGAGUUCCUUCUCAUGCGUUGAGGAUCAAGGUUGGUGCACCCGUUAUGCUAAUAAGAAACAUCGAUCAAGCUAGAGGAUUGUGCAACGGUACCAGACUUCAAAUUAUUAGAACUGGAAUUCACGUUCUGAGUUGCAAAAUUCUUUCCGGAAAAAAUAUCGGUGACAUGAUGUUCAUUCCUCGGAUGACUUUAAUACCAUCUAACUCCGGACUGCCAAUUAAAUUUCAGAGAAGAUAA